UCCCUCGUACAGGAUGAAGGUCGUCGCAAUCUGCGUCGCUCUGCUGGCCUGCGGGGCCUUGGCCGCCGACAUCGUGGAGCCCGAGGACUGCGCCAGCUUCCCGUGCAUGAUCUUCGAGGACAACUUCGACUUCCUCGACCACGACGUCUGGGAGCAUGAGAUCUCCGCGGCCGGUGGAGGAAACUUUGAAUUCCAAGUGUACGUCAACAAUCGCAGCGUCAGUUACACCCGAGACUCAACUCUCUUCAUCAAGCCCGAGCUGACCUCCAACUGGAAGGACGAGGCGUUCCUCACCAGCGGCACCCUCGAUCUGUGGGGAAUGAACGGCCGAGGGGACGUGUGCACCGCUAACAUCUACUCGGGCUGCUCGCGGACUGCCUCGAGCGCCAAUAUUAUCAACCCCAUCGUGAGCGCUCGUCUCAGGACCCUGUCGAGCUUCGCGUUCAGAUACGGACGAAUUGAAAUUCGCGCUAAGAUGCCUCGCGGUGAUUGGCUGUGGCCAGCCAUCUGGAUGUUGUCCCGCAACUGGCCCUACGGACCGUGGCCAGCCAGCGGCGAGAUCGACAUUGUGGAGUCCAGGGGCAACGACGACUUUGGCAACCUCGGUAACCAAUACGGAGGAACGACGCUUCACUGGGGACCUUUCUGGCCUUACAACUUCUUCGAGAAGACCCACGCCGAGUACUCAGCAAACGUGGGCUCCUUCGCCGACGACUUCCACGUCUGGAGGCUCGACUGGACCAAGGAGAAGAUGGAGUUCUACGUGGACGACGUCCUGCAGCUGACAGUGGACCCUGGAAGCAGCUUCUGGGAUUUCGCCGGGAUGGAUUCGACAUUCGACAAUCCUUGGACGGCUGGAGCCAAGAUGGCACCCUUCGACCAGAAGUUCUACCUGAUUCUGAAUCUGGCUGUGGGCGGCACGAACAACUUCUUCCCCGACGACGUUGCGCAGAAGCCCUGGUCCAACCUCUCGCCCACGGCCCCCCUUGACUUCUGGGAAGCGAGGGACGAGUGGCUACCCACGUGGAAGGCGGGCGGAGACCGCAUCAGUGAAGGCGCAGCCAUGCAAGUCGACUACGUCCGCGUCUGGAAGAUGGAGAGCGCCGAGCAGUAGGUCCUUCGCAGGAUCUCUGGACCGAACCGAACUGAUUUGCGGAAGUCUCUUUUCUGUAGAUUAGGCCACAUCCGUUUUUUAUUUCUUUUCUCAUCAUUAUCUCUUUUUUACGUAAGCAGAUGAAUGGUUGGUGGUCUUGCUUAUAAAGAUCCUUACUGGAAA